GGCGGAGGUAGGGUCAUGAUCGAGACUCUCGCAUAAAUCUAUCAAACGUGACUUUGGUCUGUUUUUAGACCCUGGGAGGAGAAUAGAUAACGUUUAAUGUGAUAAGAAUCUUCCAAAUGGCAUGCGAGACACACCCUCCCCCUGAUGUGGACCUUCCCCAACUCAAUGAUACUGCUGAAAAAACCAACAUGAAGGUCGACUCCGAGGACAAUGUGCAAGAUGCUUGUUCAACUACUACAAAUGAUUGUGAUGUGACGUCUCAAGAAACAAUGAAAAGUGCUUCCAGUAACUUAACUGCUUCAAGUGAAUCAAAUCAGGGCGUGGAUCAGGGAGGGCAAAUAAGCACCAGUACGAUCAAACUAACCACAGAGGCCCUGGCGAAGAAUGUAACCGAACAACAACCAGAAACAACCACAACAACAAAAAAAGACAACUGUGAUUUGGCCAUUAACGAAGAAUGUGUCGACGUAGGGUACAAUUCUGAUGCCCAGGACCCUGGUUCAGUUAACUUGGCAUCUGUGAAGAACUCUGAUGCUGCACCUGAGUCCAGUGUGGUGGACGUUGGUUCACUAACAGACUUUGCUUCAGGGAAGGAAACGGGUACCACACCAACUGAAGGACAUGACUCCGAGUCGAUUCAGGAUUCUGCCUCUAUAAAGAACUCAAAUGGACCAGUGUACCAUUUGCAGGAAUCGGGUGAGGUCAUACCUUACUAUACUCCUUCGCCUGGUGCAUUGACUGAUGAGAGCGCAGACUUUGAGUAUACCGUGGUGGACAUGUCGGCCGAGUUUGGUUACUCGCCUGUUUCUAACCACAGCAUGACGAGUAGCCUCACCGAGGGAGACCUGAAUGGAAAUACUCAGCCUACACCAGACAGUAAAUCAUCGACAAGCUUUGCAACCACUAAUGGAGGCUUCCAAAACCAUAAAAAAACACCGCAAAUGUCAAAAUUAGCGCUAAAAAUUGACGAGCUAGCGGCAAAAGCAAGUAAACGUAAAAGCCUUCCGGGGAAGGUGGACCUUGCCAUCAAUUCUUGCCGCAGCAUGUCUGGUGCUAAGAAACGAAAGACUGCUGAUGUGGAUAGCUUUAACGCGAGUGAGGAUUGGAGUUCAGGGUCUUUAGUUGGUGAUGACAUGGAUGACAGCCUUGACAGUAAUGGUGCUACUCGGAUCAAAUUACAAAGGUGUCCCAAAUGUGGAUUCUUUGAGGGGGAAGUGAGACUCACAUCCUCCAAGCCCUGCAAUGAUUGUGCCGCUAAGUUUGCUGAUACCAGCAAGGGGCCAGAGCAAACGGAACCAGUAGACUUGUCAGUCAGGCCGGGCCGAUCACCAUCAUCGAAUGAAAGUUCACCGGCAAAACAUCGACUACACGAUUAUGGAUACCGAUCAGGCAGAGAAGCAAAAUAUAGCGAAACUGGAGAUGACCCAAAUGUUACUCUGGAGACGGUCAACAGAAUCGGUUCAAUGGCCCUACUCUCUCUGGCAAGGAUUAAAGAAGCGUCUGCACUUGGGCCACAUUUGCCGCACACGUCGCGUACUCCUCGGCUGAUGAUGGAUGUAAGAGCUUUGGAAGAGGAACGCAAGAAACGUAAAAUGCAUCGAUGCGAUUUUGAGGGCUGCGGAAAAGUUUAUACGAAGAGUUCUCAUUUGAAAGCCCACCGACGAACGCACACUGGUGAGAAGCCUUAUGUUUGUACCUGGGAAGGAUGUACAUGGCGUUUUGCCCGCUCAGACGAACUCACUCGACACUAUCGCAAACAUACUGGGGAUCGGCCUUUCAAGUGUCAGCUCUGUGAUCGGGCUUUCUCUAGAUCGGAUCAUCUGUCUCUUCAUAUGAAGAGACAUUAAAUAUUCAGGUUGAAACAGAUGAAUUUGCUCAAAGCAAUUAAGCAUUUAGCUAACAGCCCACCAGUAUGAUUCGAUGACACUUCAAUUAACAAAUGGACUGCAUAAUAUAAGGAUUUGAACAAAGUGACAAGUUUCUGAAGCACUGGAAAACAUAAAACACUGAAACUGUGGCUUAAUUGGUACAACUACGUAUUCUGAGCCACGAUCAUUCAGUGAAUGCCUAAUAUUACAUUUCCUGUUGUAAUUGAAGACUUUGAAAAAGCUUGGAAAACGAAUCGAGAACAUGUAUAAGCGUGAAUUAUUAAGAACUCAAAUGUGACAGAGUCCUGGUUUCUUGCUUUGCCCUGUAUUGUACAUAUGGUUACUGUAUAAAUAUAAAUAUUACAUAUAAAUGUGACUGUGUACAUGCAGAAAAUUAAUUCUGUUGAAUUUUAUAUAAAUUAUAAUGUGUGUCACGUCGUGAGUGUGCCAGGUGAAAAUGUUUGGGGGGGGGGGGGUGGUAUUAAGUUGAGGCUGAAAAGAUAUUAUAAAUAGAUACGUAGACAUUAACCUUGAUAAUUUUCAUAUCUAACGCGUUGGAAGGAAAAAAUUAUUAUACUUGUAAUGAUGUAAGUGACACAAAUGCUGUAGUUUGAUUUUGGCCAGUGGGCAUGCAUUGUCUGUAAUGUAUUUUGAGGGGAAAGGUUACUUGUAAAGUCAUUGAAAAGAAAAGUGUCAAGACUUGGUUUAAUAUCGAGUACUUUACAAUAAGUUGGUAUCUUGGACAAGGUUACUGUCAUUAUAUAUUUCUGUUUACAAUGCCUCUCUUGGAUCUAACCAGGAAUGUUUUCUGUAUCUUUUAAAUAUUUGAAUUGUCUUUGUGGAUCACAAGUAUGAUUUUUUCAGUGAGUUUAACCCUUAAGCUACUACAGAUUUUUAAAGAAAUUUGAAUAUUUCUCUCCUUGGCUGAUUUUGCCUGCUGAAGGUCAUGGUUUCAAAAUUGAUUGCAGUGCCACCACGUAACAGAUCAUGUAACUACAGCCCUUGAGAAACUAAACACAAUUACAACUUCACAAUGCAUUUUAAAUAGAUGACAUUAUCGAUGGCUGAUCUGCAUCUAUCGAACUAUCCCUUCAGGCUGUACUAACCCUUGACAAAUGUUAUUUCUGCUAAAUAUGAAAAGGAUACAUCGCAAAACUUUGUUGAAUCUUUGAGAAAUUGGUCAAUGAAGUGUUUUCCUUUUGUGUUUUGUACUAUAUCUGUGAUUUGUAUUGGUCUAAAUUCUAAUUCAGGAGUAGUCUUUUGAUUGUUUUUGUGUGUUUUCUACGCGUAGGUAAAGUUUAUAAUGCCUGAACUAGGACCGAAUAUCCAACAAAUGUAAUAUUGCCUCGUUGUUUAACACUUUCAGCGCCAUAUGAUGUAGAAAUAAGUCACCAAACUACCUCUUUUCCAGCAGCUUGGAGUGCCCACUAAAACAACACCAUCGCCAUCUGAAGGGGGAAGUAGGAACUGAAACAAUUUCGCUGUUAAGAUCUAUUGUCAAUCUAUUGAACUAAGUCACCAACCUACCUCUUUUCCAGCAGCUUGAGUGCCCAACUACACCAUCGCCAUCUGAAGGGGGAAGUAGGAACUGAAACAAUUUCGCUGUUAAGAUCUAUUUUCAAUCUAUUCCGCCUUUGGAAUUUGGGGGAUAGUCAUAUUUUUUCUGUUGAUUUGGCAAGAUAUUGUCUUGGGGAAGCUUUUCCAAGACAUCAUACAGUUAUCUCUGAUAGAUUUUUUCCCUGGGGGGUCUGAAAAGUGGGUGUUGGGGUGAAAUGCUGACGCCUAAAGUGUUAAACUCUGUAAACAAUGUAAACCGUAUCUAUGGUUUAUUGUUGUUCAUUUAUGUUGGUCUUAGUUACGGUACUUGAUGGUUUCGUAACAACAUGCUGCUGAAAUAUACUGUCCUGUGGUUUGUCAUUGUGACUUAAGGGGGCAGCACUUCCGGAUACUCUGAGCAGGGCAAUGGUUUUCACCCUAUAAUUAUGUUCAGGGUCAAUACUACUUCCAUUAGUGUUUUACAAAAGGACUUUGUUUUCCCAUUUCAACCCUGUGUGCAAUCUUAAUUUGUUGCUUGCAAAUUGAGAAAAAGAAAAAAACUGAAAUGAAUUUGAAAAUGACUUUGAUUUCUCUUUGUUUUUGAGUGAAUGAAUGUACACUUGAACCAGGUCAUUACAAUUUGGCUCUUUAACUAAAAUCUGCUUGUUGUGUAUGAUUUCCCAAUCAACUUGACCCCAAUAAACUUCAUUGAGAUCAGUUAACUGGAGCUCUUGUAUACCAGAGGUAAUUCACAAUGUUAUUGCAUGGUGAUCGUGUGAAGUCGAUCAUCGCUUUGUCAACUCUCACCUAGAUUAUGUAAUACCGGUACAUAAGCAAUAAUUUGACUCUAUCAAUUGCUCAAUUAAUUUGUCUGUACAGAUUCUUGUUAAAUCUUAUUGCGUAUGCAGAGAAAUUCCACGGUUACCUUUAUAUAUGGAUUGAUGAUAACAGCAAAGUUUCACUGUGUACCUUCUUUGUUUUGAUGUUUCAAAUUUACUCUAUGUUGUCUAUAUUCAUUUUCAAUCAAGACUGCAGAUAAAUUUUGUUAUCUUGGCUCACAUCUUUAUGAAUUUCUUCCUAAAAUGAAAAACUGCUGAAGACCAAUACAGAGGUGAAGUGGGUCUUCCGGAUUUCUGAUUUCAAUUUUAUGCGGUGUCAACUUUAAUAUCCCUCAACCUAUUGUCAAGUAGGUUGCCAACUAUUUUGUAACUUUUUUUGUUGCAAUUUUUCAAAUGGAGGGUUGAAAAUCACCCUGGAGAAUUAAGCCAGGCCUUCCAACUUAUGUGUGCCAAUUUUCCUAAGAUGCAUAUCAUGCUUGCAUUACCAGUUGAACACAAAAUUUACAACAUCAUUGAAAAACUUUCUUCUUUCACAGUACGAGACAGCUUGGUUAGUUGGGAAGCCUGCCUGAUUCUCAGUAAGUCGGGAAACUGAUUCUCCGUGGUGAUAUCUAGAUUGUAGUCCAAUCUUUUGUCAUACUGUGAUGUGCAUCGUGUUUUAAUCCAAAUCUGUGUAUAGGCCUAAAUGUAAAGAUGUCUUAUAGAAUAUUCUAGAAGUAUCUUAAACUCAUGUUUUACAGAUAUUUUGAUUGGGUACUUCAUAAUCAGGAUCACCUGCAGUAAUGAAUUCCUUAAAUGAUCACAUGUCACAAAUGUUGAUAAUUUUUCAAAAAGCAGACUUACAUUGUACUCUAUUACUGAUACAACUUUGUUUAUUAUUUGUAAAGGCGUUUUGUCUGAAAUAUUAGUAAAUUGAGUUUACUUGUGUUUACUUCAUCUCAUGAAAUAUAUUUACAUCUUGAAUGUGUAAAGAAAUGUGUAUUAAAAUGGUCUCAAUUCAUUUCAGUACCUAGCAUUUGGCAGUGUUUCUCCACAGGCGUUUAAUUUCUCUCGUAGAAUCGUCUUAGAAAUUGUUGGUUUGAAUGCAUACAUGCCUGUGUAAAUGGUCUGACAAACCACUGUGUUUACAUCCCAAGGGUACAGGCCUUGGCACAGGUGCAUAAAGAUCAAAAUACCAGCUUGACUGCCAACACCCAUGAAGGAAUAGAAGGUGUUCCAUCUUACUUCAUUCUGAUCUUCAUGUACCUGUAGUCUCAGUAGCUUCAGGCGGCUACAUCUUCUCUACUUAUUGACUUGUUGUUGUACUGUGUGCACGGUGUGUUACUGUUGAUUAUUCUACAAGUUUUAGUCUUCCAAUCGUGUUUAAGUCUCCUAAACAUUGUGAGUGUUUUUGCUGUUUUGACUGUACUUCUAGCUCCAGAUACUUGUAGCGAAUAGAACCUGCGGAUUGUGUGAAAAUAUCUUAUUGCCUUCAAAUACUGUAAACUCCCCAAAUUAUCAUGCUUCUUUAAUUUUGCAAUUUGCAAAAAUUUAUGCAAAAAUGAAAUAAUUUAAAUUUUUAUUUUGUCGGAUAUCGAAUUUUUUUUUUUUUUUUCCAAUCAGACAUAUAUUAAAGCACAAAAAUGUGUUAGUUUACAGUAUGUUCAGAAUGGAGAGUUGUGGAAAAAAGAUUGCAUACUUGUGCACUUUAGAGUGCAACUCUUUUGUUAGGUCAUUGAUUUUGUACACCUGACUUAAUUCUACUUCCAUUUCCUACAACUUUGGCCUCUUAAUACUCUGAAAAGUCAUAUAAUUUGACUAAAUAUUAAAUGUGUGCUUGGCUCUUACUGAACUGGGACCAGAAAGCAAAUCAUUGGAAAAUUAUGGGGGGCAGUGUUGUAAAACUGGUCACAGGGACAACCAUGAUGUGCUGUGUAUCUUGAAUCUGGUGUAUUUUGCAAAUUCUAUGCAUAGGUGGACUUCAGGGUACUGGUCAAAUUGUUGUGUACCUGGUGCUGUGUGGAGUCCCUGUGAAUUUGAUUCAAUAGAACUUAUGAAAUAAAAAACGGAUUUUAAACAAGAUUUGCUGCGCUAGCUCCAUUGCUGGCUAUAGGCUAGCGUAAGAAACACAGUACCAUUGGGCAAAGUUUUGAUAGAUGCCUUAGAAUCUUCACAAGUGUAAUAGAAGGCCAGAUUCACAAAGGGCACUAGGCCUCAAACAGUCGGUGAACUUGUUAUCAAACAGUUUCAGGCCUACAUAUUUAUACAUACUGAUCUGGCAUAGCGUGUUCAGAGCCUAAAUCAGUGGUUUCAUGGUGUAGAAGAGAAGUCACCCUUGUUGAAAUUGGCCUGGAGUGUUCAACUGAAUGACUCUGUUCGCAUUGGGUGAAAGUAGUUAUAUGUGUGGUAGUGUUAUUAAUAGGAAUGAUAACUAAAAUCAUGUCAAUAAUGAAAAUAAAGAAUAUUAAUGAAGAUA